CUCCACUAGAUGGCGAAUCUAGUGGAGGUGCUUUAUUAGUGCUUUAUAAUGCUUCCUCAUUGUUGGUCAAAUAUUUAUAAUAUCGGUAUUAAAGUAUAAUACCGAUAUUAUAAAUAUUUGACAUAGAUUAUACACUUAUUUGAUAAUGCAACGCGAUAGUUUAAAAGUGAAUAAGUUGCAUUAAAGUAAGAACAAAUAAAUUACAAAACGAUGUUUUAUUUAAUGGAAUAUAUAAGAUAGGGAAAUAAUUUUAAACUACAUAUGGACAUAACUAUAUGGACCGACUAAUGUUAUAAAUCUCUGCCUUUUUCUAAUAAAACAACAACAGUAAUAUGACGCUGACAGUGACAGAACAGAUGUCAAGUGUUUACAUAUGGUUUACAUAAAUACAAAUAAAUUUUUGCAUUUUUGCAUUGAAUAAAAUAUGCUGUGAUAAUAUUUGUCUCGAUAGGAGUUCGUAAAUAUUAGUUCAGCUUCCAUUGAUUUUAAAUCAAAUUUUAUCUUGGAAUAAUACGCAUUGAAAGUUAAAGAUAUCAAUGCGGUUUGGAAAGUUUUAAAUGUCAGAUUAUUAUUUUUAAAGGAAACUACUAUGACCGAGUAUCAACGAGACAAACCCGAUAUGUUAACCUUACAUAAAUUAUUGAUUUGUAUAGUCGGAUUGAUGUUCCUUUAUGAUUACUACAAUACUAAAGCACCUGUUGUAGUCCGCGUGAAAAAUCCCAAGUUUUCACUUCUUGGACCUUAUAACACUUCGGAGUACUUAUUGGAUGAUGUGUAUGAUCAAUUAAUUGAUAUAAAGAACUUCACCUUCAAGACAAACCCUCACCCUUGCAUGGAAUAUCCAGCAGGUCUAUUGUUGGUUAUCAUAGUAUCUUCAAAACCUUCAAAUUAUAAAAACAGAAUGGUUAUUCGUAACACAUGGGGUCGUUCAGUUGAUUCAACAAAAGUUGUAUUUCUCCUAGGUGACCCUUACAAUGAAUCAAUUAGUCAAAAAAUUCAAAAUGAGAGCUUAGUGUAUGGCGAUGUUGUGCAAGGAAACUUUGCAGAUGCUUAUAGAAACAUGACAUAUAAACACGUAAUGGGCUUGAAGUGGGUAGCUCAUCGCUGUCCCAAUGCUAAAUAUGUUUUGAAAACUGAUGACGAUAUAGUUGUGAAUUCUUAUGAGUUGAGACGGUUCUUGGUUAAAGAGUUGUCACCAUGGGGUGCGAAAGGAUUGAUAACUUGUCAGGUGUUGGAGCAUGCUGAAGUUCAGAGAUCUCAAAGGUCUAAAUGGAGAGUGUCACCUAUUGAGUAUGCAGCACCUUAUUACCCAACAUAUUGUGCAGGUUGGGCAAUACUGUAUUCUCGAGAUGUGGUACCACAGCUGCUAACUGUAGCUCAAAGACUUCCCUACUUUUGGAUUGAUGAUGUUCAUAUAACUGGGGCAUGUGCACAACAGAUCGGAGUAGCACGUACACCUCUAUCAACUCUGAUACUCAACCAGCUCCGUGUAAGCUUAUUGACCAAAUUAGGGCCAAAAUCUGUUGGUCCCUUCAUAUUUGGACCUCCUGAUCUUAGCAUAGAUAAAAUAAAAAAGAUUUGGAAUGCUAUACCUCAAUGAAUAAUUUUAAAUUGUAAUAUCUAAUCUUGAAUUGAAGCAUCCUUGAGAGAUAAUAGGAUCUAGUAACUGUAACAGCACUAGAAUAUCUACUAAACUAUUUUGUAAACUAGAAUGAUAGUUUUUUGUGCGAUUGCUACAAUGUAUCUUGUUUUUUUUAACUAUCAUUCUAAUGCAACUGAUAUGAUAGCAUAUAACAACAUAAUUUUAUAAACAUCAAACAAGCAGCAAUUGUCAUUCAUAGAGGAGUGAAGAAAGAAUAAAGUGUAAUUUUAUCCAAUAAUACAUCAUCAAUAAGGCAGCCAAUUGUGCAUUUAAUUUAAUUGUAAUCGAUUGUUUUGUCCUGUAUUGGUGUAAAAUAAAGCUUAUUUCAUUCAUUCAUUACUGCAUAUUUGGGUAUAAGAAGGAAGAGAAUAAUUCAUUACUAAAAGACAAAAUGUUCAAAAAAGCUUGAUUUCGUACUACAUGUGCUAGUGCUGCCAUCUAGUCACGCUGAGAUUUGCGUAAUAUUCCCUAUUAAUUUAUACUAAUCGUUUUAAUACAUAUAGAUAAAAGUUACCAAAUAUAGAAAUAUAAAAUGGAAUAAUCAAAUUGCAUAUAAAAUCAUUAUAAAAAACUAUAUACACUUUGAAAUAAACCAGGGGAAUCCAUAAGCUGAUCACUAAUUUCCUGGAAUUAUUGUCAAUUUACAAAUUUUCCCAUUUUAGGAAUAAUUUAAGAAGAAAUUUCAAUGUUCAAUAUUAGGAAAUAUGUUUCAUAAUCAGUUGCUUUCCUCGAAUAAUAUAUAAUAUUUGUUUAAGAAUACUGUGGUAAACAAGUACAGUUGAUUUAUAUAGUGCCAUCGGCUUAUAUAAUGUAGGAAAUGUACUUUUUACCCGACUGCGCGACGCAAAGGAGGGUAAUGUGUUUAUCAGUCUAU